AUGGCCUCUAGCCUUACGACAAUUGACAUCUCCGGAGCCACAGUAAUCAGCCAGAACGCUUUCAUUUAUUGCGAAUCAUUAUCUCAAAUUUCAUUUUCAGAUAAAAUUACUGAAAUUGCUGAUAAUGCUUUCGCCUAUUCCGCCAUAACAACAAUCACUUUCCCGAAGACGAUAAAGACCAUCGGCAAUGGCGCAUUCAAAUAUACCCAAUUGUCCACAAUAACAUUCCCAGACUCAGUUACAAGAAACAACUUGACCAUUGAAGAGCAAGCUUUCAUUGGAACCCAGGUUGAAUCCCUUAACAUCCCUAAGUAUGUUAAUUUCGACAAUGAUUAUUAUACCACAACCGGUUUCUUCAGUGAGUCAUACAAUCUCAAAACCAUUGAGACAAGCUUGACAGCAAUUCCUAAAGAGUUCGCCAUGAACUGCUUCAGCCUUACAUCCGUAGUUGCUUCUAACUGUGUUUCCAUUAGUGACUAUGCUUUCUUCCAUUGCAAGUCCCUUGAAACACUUACAAUAAGCACAAAUUUGAACUCAAUUGGUAACUCCGCUUUUGCUUAUUGCCAAAAACUCAGUUACACAUUACCAAGUACAACACUCACUCUUGGUGACUAUGCCUUCAUCUACUGCGAAAAUAUCCAUUUAUCAGAAGUUAACAGCCAGUGGACACUUGGCAAAUAUGUUUUUGUUGGCUGCGAAGGAAUCACACAAGUCAGAGUCAACACAUCAUUGAACACAAAUAACAUUGGCUGCUUCCAGGGCUGCAUCAAUAUCAAGUCCGUCCAAGUUGAUACUAAUUUCAUCCCAACAUACUUCUUUGCUAACUGCACAAGCCUCACAUCAGUUACAUUUACUCCUGCUGCAGAAAUAAUCGAUAGAUAUUCCUUCAUUAACACAGGCCCAAUUGAUAACAUUGAUACCACAAAUAUCUAUGAUUAUGAUUAUGCAUUCGUUAAUUCUCAAGUCAAAUCAGUAACAGUUGUCAAAUUGAGGACAGCCGCAUGCACAUUUGCACACUGUGAUUCAUUGACAAAAGUAACAAUUGGAGAAAAAUGCAAUAACUUUAAUCCAUCAAUUCUCAUCAAUUGUUCCAAUGCUCAAAUUGAAAUUGCACCAACUAAUCCAUACUAUAAAUUAGAAGGCCAUUUCCUUCUCAAGGACAGUACAUUAGUUGCACUUUUGCCUACAUUAACUGAUAAGAAGUAUACACUUGAUCCAAGAGUUACUAUCAUUUCUACCGCCGCUUUCUCAAUGAAUAAGAAUGUCGAAACAUUAGUCAUCAAUAAUGCUAAUUUAGAAAUCGGAUGGUAUGCUUUCCAAUACGCAACAUCACUCAAGAAACUUGAGAUUAAAUCUAUGAAGUUAAAGGAUAUCCACCCAUAUCAAUUCAUAUCUGCUUUCAGUCUCGAGGAAAUUAUCUUCCCAGAUAAAAGUCUCGUUUCCAUUGGUGAUUAUUUCUUCUAUAACUGUUACAACUUGAAAACCAUCAAACUUCCUUCAACUCUCAGAGACAUUGGUGAAUACUGCUUCGCUAACUGUGUAUCCCUUGAAGAAGUUGAUCUUUCAAUGGUUGAUUUCAUCCCAUAUCGAACAUUUUUCAACUGCACAUCAUUGACAUCAGUUAAAGUUUCUCAAAACUUGAAGAUGGUCGGAAACAGCGCUUUCUGCAACACCAAUAUCAAGUCAUUUACUGUCCCAGAUUCAUGCGUUAUUUUAGAACCAAUGGCCUUUGCUUAUACAAACAAUUUGAAGAAGCUUAAAAUUGGAAAGGGUGUCAAAUCAAUUCCAUCAAAGCUUGUCUAUUUCUCCAAAGUAACAAAUCUCGAGAUUUCUUCCGAAGUUGUCAACAUUGAUCCAUUGGCUUUCAACAAUGCUCCAUAUGUUUGGGUAUCUUUCGAUGGAACAAAUCCACGUUUCACAAGCAGUUUCCAUAUGAUUAUUGAGAAAGGAUCAGGAAGAUUAAUUGCUUCAUUCGGUGCUUUACCAUAUGAUUACCAGCUCCCAGAUGAUGUUGAAUUCAUUCCUCCAGAUACACUCUAUAACAACGUCGAAGUUGUUAAUGCUCCAAGCGGUAUCUUCUACAAGGAACCAUCAGCAACAAUUUUGAGAAUUCCAGAAAACGUAAGAAUUUUCGAUGCUAAUGAUGUUCUUGGAGUUUACGUUGCAUGCUCAGAUGGUAAGUACUUCUUAUCAAGAUAUGACGGAGAGUCAGUUGAAUCAGUUGGUGGAGAUAAAUACGCAAAUGUACAGUUAUUUGGUAAUUCUGUCACAAGAGAGAGUUGCAACACAGUUGCAAAGAGAAUUCCAGACAUGUAUAAGUGGUAUCAUACAAUCGGAAAAUUCUCUGAUCCUGUUAGAAGAAACUUAAUCAUUGCACUUGUUUUCUUCAUCAUUUUCAUCAUUGCAAUCAUCGUUCUCUACUUCGUGUAUCCAAGCUGGCACUUCAUGCCUAAACUCUGCGGAAAGAAGUCAAUGAGCACAGGAAAUAUGGAAAGUUACGGUGGUGGUGGCAGUUCAACAACAACCACUACUUCAGAUGCAGAUAAGGGCUCUUAUAAGCGUACUAAAUCCAAACAAAGGUCAAAUACAAAUGCCGAUACAGAUGAAUAUGAUGGCAUUGCUCCAAGACAGACAAGAGUUGAUAGACCACGCCAAGAAUGA